GUUUUGUUAACAUUAGACAAUAAUAAACUGUUUAAUUAGAUCAACUAGUUGAUCUUUAAGCAUACUGUUUCUCCAGCAGUCAAGGUUAAAAUCCAGUGGCUGAAUAGUCUAAUAUAAUGCAAUGUCAAAAAAGAAAAAGCCACAAAGGGGAAAUAAUGCAUGCCUCCUGGCUAUUUGGUUUCUUGUUUUUUUAAUAUUACAAUGUCUUGGAAAGGGCCUGGCUUGUUGUUUAUAUGGCACUAAGCAUGUUUGUGCUGGGGGGCUUACAUUAAUAUGCUCUUGGCACUUUAGUGAGAUGGAUAAAAAAUGAAACUUACUUGUCACGCUAGUAUUCUGUUUUUCUGAUAAAAAGCAGAAGCUCUAUAGUUAACAUAAUUAUGACAUGUUUGACUUACUUGCAGGAUAUCUAGUGACAUGCAUCAGGGUGAGGGACAUGUAGCUGUGUUACGUAGUUCUGAAAAUGAGAAAGUGACUGAAAAGAAACAUGGACAUUCAUAAAAAAAGGAACUAUCUAGGGAUGAAAUGAGGGCUGAACUUUGUAAAAUCUUUAUUGCUUUUUUAUUAUAGAGCGUAUCAACCCUUUCUAAAUCCUAGACUGUACAGGCUUGUAUGUGUGGUUCUAGGGACAAUGGAAGAUUCUGGACUACUACAAAGCCUUUCUUUUAAAUAAAUCAUAUCGUUCUGUCUCUACUCUCCCUUUAUUAAAGGGCUUAGUUGUAAUUCUCAGUAUUUUGCUGAAGUUCACGUAGCUGGAACAUCUCACAGUAUAAGCUGAUCUUUUGCUAGUUCAAUUAACAUUUUUUAUUCUUCUAUAGUUUGUGGUAAUUCCUGCAUACAGGGACUACAUUUUAUCCUACUACAUUCUACAUACUACCCUAUGGCCAGAAUCCAAUUAAAGUAUAUGAAAAAGGAUGGUGAUUUUAUUAGUAGAGUUAGUAAAGCAGAAGAAAAUGUAUAUUAAAAAAGGAAUGUUUAAGAGCAACUGAACCAGCUGCUCUUAAAGAGGAUGUUCUGUAGGAUUUGGAGAGUGAGUUAGUUCCAUGACAGCCCAGAAACAUAGACAUCACCCUGUGAGACCUGCUUUUACUCAAAGAGUGAAAAACAGGAAGGGAUUGCUUUCAGUUUCAUUUCCCUUCCCAGUUUUGAAUAACCAUCUUCACUGAACUGAAGUAGUUAGAAGAAUCAUAAAAGACAAAAUCUAUUGGUAAUUUAACUUGAACUGGAUUAUUUUUAAAGAACAACUAGGUUUAUUUUUUAUUUUAAAGCUUUCAAUACUCUUAAAAAGGAGAGCCUACACCAUUCUUUUUUACACUUUCACUCUUGGAUCUCCUGACUGUUUUGGAUCUGUUGCUGUUGUCUUGCUUCACUCCUUACCCCAGAGAAAGAAAUAACUCUCAAGGUUUAUGCUGGUAUCAAAAAACUACAAGCAGAUUUACGACAAUGCAAGGACCUCAACCUGCCACAGCACCUGGAAUGCCCUAUGGCUCCCCACAGCAGGUCCCUGGGACAUACCAAGGUGGUCAUACCUUACAUUUUCCCUCACUUGCUCUGUCCUGUCUCAUUUCCUGCUCCACUUCAAAGUGCAGCACUCCUGAACAGCAUCUCUCAUUCUGGCAGUGACUGCUUUCUGAAGAUCCAAAUCACAAUAAAUAUCUAAAAAUCAGGCUCAAAGCAUAAGUCAGAGGUGCAGGGAACUAUGGAUUCCAGGCACAGCCCAUGGGAGUCCCAGGUGGAUUUGUUGUUCCACCUGUCCAGAAUCAGCCCACCAUGGACAGGGCAUUUUGGAUGCCUAUUCCUCCUUCUAUUCCCAACUGCCCUCCUGGCUUGGAAUACCUCACACAGAUUGACCAGGUUUUAAUUCAUCAGCAACUUGAACUUCUUGAGAUUGUGACUGGCCUUGAAGUAAACAACAAAUAUGAACUCAAGAAUGCACUGGGGCAAAGGGUGUACUUUGCAGCAGAGGACACAGACUGCCUUACCAGGAAUUGCUGUGGGCCAUCACGGCCCUUCACCAUCCGGAUUACAGACAACCUGGGCCACGAGGUGAUAAUGCUGCAGAGACCUCUCCGCUGUUCCAUGUGCUGCUGCCCCUGCUGUUUACAGGAGCUGGAAGUCCAGGCACCUCCAGGAAAAACAAUUGGUUAUGUUGUCCAGAACUGGCAUGUCUGCCUGCCAAAGUUUACCAUUCAAGAUGAGAAAAGAAUGGAUAUACUGAAAAUUACUGGCCCAUGUGUUGUGUGCAGGUGUUGUGAGGAUGUUAAUUUUGAGGUGAAGUCUGUGGAUGAGACUUGUACUGUUGGGAAGAUUUCUAAGCAGUGGACUGGGCUUGUGCAGGAAAUGUUUACAGACACAGAUAACUUUGGAAUCUCAUUCCCAAUGGACCUUGAUGUGAAAAUGAAAGCUGUCAUGAUUGGUGCUUGCUUCCUUAUUGACUUCAUGUUUUUUGAGCAUUAUAAUUAAGCAUCAGUGAGCAGGAGUUUGGUCAUGAAAUCUAGAGGUUCUAUAUAGAAGGAAGAAGAACAUGGAUCUCCCAACUUUCCAAUGAAUUGCAGAGCUCCAGUAAGAAUAAGAGAAAUGUGCAUGUUAUAGUUACAUUUCUAUAAGCUAAAAGCUUUAUGGUCUUUUUUAGAUUUUUUUAAUCUGGUGAAAUAAUUUGUAGUAUUCAAAUAAGGACUCUUUAUCUGUAUAAAUCAAUAGUGUGAUUUAGAGAAAUAUAUAGCAACCUUUUUUUCCCCAAGAACUCUGUAAUUUUAAAGUAACUAAUGGUAGUAGUUAUUUGUAGCUACUAUAAUAAUACUUUGAUUCCUAAAAAAGAGGACUACUUCUAUAUUCAAUAUUAGUAAUAACCUAAGCAUAAUAAAGAGAUACUGAUGUUUUCCUGGGUA